AUGUUUGAUUUGAUAGAAAUUAAACCAGGUACAUUUCGUGCCAAUUUAUUGAACGAAGAUGAUAUUAAAUCAUACAGCUUAAAAACAAAUACAAAUUGGUGUGUAGUAAGUAGUAAAAUUUCAACUAGAUUUGUUUGUCGGAAAAUAUUUAAAUGUCACCAUAGUUCUUUUCAUAAGAAAACACCUGAAGAAAAUAAGAAAGGAAAAUCAAAAAAUAGUAAUUGCCAAGCAAAAAUUGAAAUUUUAAUUAAACUUUCAACUAAGGAUACUAAAAAAAAAGAUGUGUAUGUUAAGGACGGACUUCCAGCAGUUAUUUCAAUUCAGAAUGAUCAUAACCACACAGUUGUUUCUGGAGAGGCAUUAUCUUAUUUAAGACCAACAAGAGAUGUAAAUAUCCAAUUUGAAGAGUACUUUAACAGUGGUCUUGGAAUAAGUGAAUCCAUUAAGAUUCAUGAAGAAAAAAUUGAACUUAAACAUGGUAUAAAUUCAACUGAACUGGCAAAUGCACAUAUGAAUCCUAAAUACAGAACUGUUAGAUAUUGGUAUGAUGAGUGGAAAAAAUUAAAUCUUGGUCCACAUAGUGGAAUUGGAGUCAAUAAGGUACAUCUAUAA